AUGUCGACCGGACGCAAGGUCUUCCACUGUGCCGUGGAUGAGACGGCGCUGACGACCAACAUCAGUGAAAUCAAAAAAUGGACAACCAACGGGGCCAUCACCCUGGUCGUUCCUCUUUACACCCUUGAACGUCUUCAUGCAUUGAAACGAGCCGGGUCUCAAGUCGCUAUCAACGCCCGCGAGGCUGUUCGCUUUCUUGACCGCGUUACUUCCGGAAAGGAUAGUACCCCGGCCGAUCGCGUCGCUCUCCAGGGCCCGAUGGAGCAGUACGAGAACUGGGAUGAUGCGGAGAAGUUCUUUUUGCCGGAAUUCGAAGAAGAGCCGGAGGCGACAAAUGGAACCGAUACCAGAGAGACGCCGUUGGAGAAGAAGGGACCCAAAGGAAACGACAACAAGAGAAACGGAGCCCCGGAUGACCUAUCGCAAAUGCUUCUCAACAAGCUUAACUUCAAGAAGGACUCGGACGCCGCGUCGGUUAACUCGGCAGGGACUCACAGUGCCCCGGCAUCGCCACCUUCGUCGAGAAGUUCCCGUACAAGUCCCGAAUGUGCCAACUCUCAUGUAGUUGAGGAUGGAAAUGGAACGAACAACCUUAGAGUAAAGCAGACGAACGGACAUAAGCGAUCUGCUUCCGGCUCCACCAUCCCCACGGUUCCCUCGGCGCUCCGACCGCUACUCAGUGCGUUGCUGUGGCGCCUGCACAGCGGCCCGGAUGCGUCCAAUGCGGCUAAAAGUUGUAUCCUUAUCACGAACGACCGCUCCACGCAGAUUUGGGCCCAGAAGUUUGGCAUUGGCGUGAAGAACAUCCACCAGCUGCGGACCUCCAUUCAGUACGAAGAACGGGAAUACAAGAAUCGCUGCAAAUAUGUGGAGAAAACCCAAACUCAGACAGCCGAGCCGAAGUCACUGCUUUCCUACGACGACGAAAGCGACGAAGAUGAACUAGUAUUUGUUCCUCGGGGUCGCGGGAAACCAACCUCACGAGGAGGAUCGCGUGGCGGAAGCAAUCGGAAACCUGCUGUCGCUAAGACCAUGGCGCCGCCUGUGGAGAGUACGAUGGAGAUCCCUACUCAGCCCAUCGAUCCCAACUCUUUUAGUCGGUCCUUGCCCACCACAACCAAGCAGCAGCCCACGAUUGAUCUCAGUACGCAAUCCGGGGCUGCGCGUGGCAUGGCAGGAGCGUCUCGGAACUACAAUAGCGGUCGUCGAGGGGCUCCUCGUGGUCCAACUCGUGGCAACAGCCGAGGCCGUGGGAAACUCUGGGUUCCUUGA